UUAUACCAAGUGAGGCUAUAGCUCCUCUUAGUUGUUUGUGGCUGGACAGUGCGAGAGGGCCCCAAAAACCGACUGGCUAUGCCACAGAGUGAGGCCUACACUCCUAAGUGCCUGUUUCUCUACCGCAGCCUUCCUUUCUCCCCGACCUUCUGGACCAGAGCCUACAAUCCUGGAGUUUGGACUAGUGGCCUGGAGGCCCGAUGGCUAUCACCUUCAAACCCAAUCCAAAGGACUGGGAGCACUUCCCCCCCACCAGCACCCUUUAUUCCCUGUAUCUUUAUAGGAAGCAAGGGUUUGCGGCCUAACCCCCAAGACAGCCUCUAGCUUGAUAUCCUGCAAUAGCUUUACAGACGAGACUGCAAGGAACGGAAGAACGGUAAGAGCUGAUUGCCAAGAAGCACUUGACAAUUCUGAUGCAAGAUGAAGUCUUUGCUGACUUCUUCAACACUUUCCUGAAUCUUCCUGUGUUUGGUCAGACCCCUAUCUUCAUGAGCAGCACUCGCCAGUGGUAUCUUUGGCCAGAGUUACCAUGCAACCUGGUAUCGAAGCACAAAGGCUUGUUGAACUGGAUGGAAAAACAUCGUCUGCCUUACUUCUGCAAAACUAACUUGUGCCUUCACUAUGUUCUCUGUGAAGAGCUCAUCAGUUUCAUCCGGUCUCCAGAGGCAGCGGAGAUGCUGAGAUGGAGAAAGGCUGAUCAGUGGCUUCUGGAGAAGUGCAUUGGUGGCAGCAGGGGAAUGUGGCGCUUCCGUGCCUUCAUGCAAGGAAUGGCAGGGGAAGAACUGACCAAGUUCUGGCUAGCUACAGAAAGAAUACUUGGGAUUGAUGAGGCAGAUGAAUCCCAGCAAGAUCUCUUUAUGUCACUGAUGCAGGUGCUGAUGGCCACUCACUUGCAGGAGGGCUCCACAGUUGUCACCCUCUGUAACACAACCAUUGAAUCAGUUCUGAAAGUGUCUCCCUAUCAUCCCCAACACAACCGCACUCGAAGGGAAACUCUGAGUGAGAUGCAGAAAGUGGCCCUCUUCAAGAUUGAAAGUUACUGGCUCCCGAACUUCUACAUUCACUGCAAGCUGAGCAUGGAGAAUGAGCCAAAGUGCCUCCAUCUUCUUGAGGAGUAUGAGGAACGAUUACACAGGGCAGGCUUGCCUAAGCAGACAGUGUCUCCUCUGCCACCUAUGAGCAUCAGACAAAGCAGCAUUAAAACAACAUCCUAUUGCAGCUUGGAAAGCAAGAGGAAAGUCUGGGAUCAUAUGAGAGGCAGAAGCCACUCCCGAAGAGGGAAGCAUAAAGAAAGUCACAAAAAGAAAAAGCUGCGUAAAAGCAGCCCAGCAGACAAGAAGUGCCACCGCUCUGAAAAAAAUUCUGCAACUCCAAGUCCUUGUCAAGCAGAUCAAAUCAGGGGUCCAGAUGUGGUCACUUCAGAUGAAUCACCAAGCUUCAAAAGCAGUCCCAGCGAAUUCAUGCCCUCUCCUCUAACAGAUGAGCUUGCUAACAAUAUCACUCAUAAUCAGCUUCGCUCUUCCACUCCUGUGGUUCAGUUCCCCUCCAUGCUUGCCUUAAAAACCCUAGUGAAGUCUCCCAUGUGCUUAGACUUCCUUCCUUGGGCACUCACUGCUGACAAAUGUGCAGGACGUCCCUUCCGGGAGUUUUUGCUGUGUAGGAAUUUCUCAAUGGAGGUGCAUCUCCUCGACCUGUGGCAUGAUCUGGAAGACUUCUUGCGCAUGAUGUUGUGCUCCCUUGGUGAAGGGAACAUCCUUCUGCGCCAUGUCAUGGGUGAAAGGAUUUGUGAGCUGUACCUGGCUCAGAGUAGCAACUGGCACCUUCCUUUGAAGCUAACAACUCUGAAGAGUUUACAGAAUCUCCUGCCUUCUGGACAUGUUAUACCCUGGGUAUUAAAAGCACAGAAGGAAAUCUGUAAGAUACUCAGCUUCCUAUUUGAGGGAUUCCUUCAUCAUGAUGAUAAAAUGUUCCUGUAUUAUGUGAGCGGCAAGGAAAAGAAGCCCAGCGAAGAAGAGCCUUACGAAAAGGAUGAGAAGCUCCAACUGGUCCGAAGAGUCGUUGAAUCCUUGCACCUGAGCCAGGCCUUAGCUGGAAUGAGAGACUUUGAUCUACUUCUGGGGGAACACUGGCAAAUACUGGGCACUCAGGACCUGGGCAUGGGGGGCUCCAUCUUCAUGGAGCCGGAGCCUGUUGUGCGCAAGUUGGAUUAUAGCAGCAUGACAUUUGAGGAGCUGGCCUACCUGAACCCCAAGAUGGCUGUGGAACUUCUUAGUAACAACUUCAGGUCAUUCUGCAAGAGUUGUCCAUCAGGCGGAGUGUUCAUUCGUCCAUUAGCUGUGAAAAGGAGCCUCCACUGGACCAGAUCAAGUUUGUCCUUCAUGAGGAAGGGGCCUGCCUCAAGAAAGCCCCUCGUAAAGCCCAGAGACAUAUCAGACGUGCUGCAGAACCCCAUCCAUUUGGAUUACUUCAGGCAGUUCCUCAAGGUGCACAACGCUGAAGCCCCGCUCCUUUUCUGGCUAGCUGUGGAAGAAAUUGCAAACGAGACUAAUACCAGGCUUCAGCGUGUUCAGAUCAAUGACUGUGUCAGGACUUUCUUCUUCCACAGUAUCCCUCCCGAAAAGCUGCUGCAGUGUGAUGCUGAUAUUAUCAGAGAGGUUCCAAGGGCACAUCAAGUCACUGUCCCCAUGUUGGUCACAGCGCAAAUGUAUGUCCUGAAGGCCUUGGAAGCAAAAUGGUUUAAAAUGUAUCAAGGCUUAUAUCCUGAAAGUGAAAUUUCAAUUCUUCCACCUGGUGGGAAGGCGAUGAGGGGCUCCAUGGUGAAAGACAAGCUGAAAAGGUGCUGGAAUAUACUUGGUGCGUUCAUCAGGACUGUCUGCAAGUUCCGAAAAGCAAUGAGUUAUGUGUCACAGCGUAAACAUUUUGAAGAAUUCCUCCAACGGGAACUGAAAAACGAGAAGGAAAAUAUGAUAUUGCAGACAUCACCUCAGCACCGCGGAAGCAUGAGUGGCCUGAGUGGGCGUUAUGGUGCAUCUGCCACAUCAGAAGAUGUUGAAGUGGUACAAGCAAAGCGCAAGAUAUUUGGUGGCCGCAUCAUCUCAGUCAACUUCCUGGGCAAUGAUCUCUGUUUUUACCUGGAGAUGGAGAAGUUUUUUCACCUCUCAGACUCUGUGGUAAUCCUGGCCUCCCUUGGGUUGUACACAGAUAAAGAUAUUGCUUUUCUGAAGAGCAAAGUGGCCACUAUCAACAAGCUCUUUUUGAAUUCAGAUAUCCCGCCUAAACUGAGGGUCAACCUCACAGAAUCACAGUGUGCUCAAAUCCGGGCAUUAAUCUCUGAAGGUGUGCUGAACAGGACUCUUUAUCAUGGUGCCAUGAUGUCUAUCUUCCCAGUUUUAUUGUUCUUCUGGAAGAAAUAUUGCCUUUGGAAAGCAAUGAAGGGCUUCAAAAAAAUCAAGGUAGAUAAAAUGGCAACUUCUCCUCAAGCGACUCCUGUGAGGUUAACUAGGAGGCUCAGUUACAGUGGAGAAGAUCAUCCAAUCAUCAGGUUUACUUUACUUAGAGGCAUUCAGCUACUGCUGCCACAGCCUAAGGAAGAGGUGGAAGAAUCACCUGGAGAAAAAUGGGAUCAUCUAUACUUGUUGCAAAUAAACUGUUAUAACAGGCAUCAUACGGGUCUUCAUCUGGGCAUGAUGGAGAAGAUUAUUCUAGCCCUUUCUAACUGGGUAACAAAACUUCAAUGCAGGUCAGGGUUGCGGCCCUUUAACAUAACUGCAGUAGAUCCAGUUUGCUGGCCCAAAACAGAUGCUCCUGGGGAAUAAACCAUCCAAAGGUUGCCAGUUUCUGUGCGGCUGCUAUGCGUUGCAGAAGAACUUUGUUAAACCGAUAGCUAAUUUGAUGACGAGGAUCUGAUUUUAAUGAGAUUUUAUGCUAAGUGUGCUGUGUUGUACUGAAUUAUCUGUUUUUAUCUUGUACACUUUUUAUUCUGGUCUACGACUGUGAUAAUAAA